AUGGCUAAUAUAAAUUCGGAUCAUCCAAUACCUUCCUCCUCUCAGCAGGCAUAUCCAACUCCCCAACCAGCUUCCGUACAAGCUACCUCGCCUCCUACGAAACAGAAUCUGAAGUCAUGGUGGGCGGGAUUUAGAAAGGAAACCAAGAAGCAAGAUGCACAAGGUAAUUACCGCGCCCAUCACAACCCAAACAUCCCUUCUAGGGAUGCUUUCACUCGUCAGGACUCGAUAUUUGUUGCAAAGACUCCUAGGCAACAUAGCGCAACUUUUCGGGAGGCUGGACUAGUAGAGAACGCAGCAGUUGCUUGUGGCUACAGUAUUCCCAAUAUUGCCCUCAAAACUGCAACGAUCGAUGCUAGUGCUACACGCCUCUCAGACCGAAAGCUCGACUCUGACGCGCCCUGCAAUCACAUCAAAGUUAGACGCACUUCAAGCGUCGUCUGGACAUCGAAAAGUGUCAAAAAACAAGAAUUGCGAAAAGCUGCAAGUGUGCAAUCUUUGAAACCUGGGGGAGGCUUAAUGACUCAGCUCGAACGUGAACGUAGCGAAACUGGCGAUGCUUUUCAUGCGGAAACCGAGUCUUCCUCAAAGUCCCGAAAUUUCUCUCACUUGUUUAAUGCGUUCAAUGUGUUUCGUUUAAAGCGCUUUGCUAAGCUUACAGGUCAAACAGCAGAACAAGCUCCAGGCAUUUUCGGCGUACCCCUCCGUCAAAGUAUCACCUAUGCGAACGUAGCAAUCUCUCUUGUCGAUGCGGAGGGGAAAAGCUACAUUUAUGGAUAUGUACCAAUUGUUGUCGCGAAAUGUGGAGUUUAUUUGAAGGAAAAAGCAACUAAUGUGGAGGGUAUCUUUCGUCUAAGUGGCUCAGAAAAAAGAAUCAAAGAACUCAAGACAAUCUUCGACUCACCAGAACGCUAUGGCAAGGGCCUUGACUGGGCUGGAUACACUGUGCAUGAUGCCGCAAAUGUGCUGAGAAGAUAUCUGAACCUUUUGCCGGAACCUAUUGUUCCCCUGGAUCUCUAUGAUCGCUUCCGAGAACCUCUCAGAGGACAUACAAUGCAAGCUGUGGGGGACAAUGAAGGACCACAGCUACCCGAUUCUUUCAAUGUCAGCCAUGCCAUCACCACUUACCAGCAGCUGAUUACAGAACUUCCCCCGCUCAACCGCCAGCUGCUGUUGUACAUUCUUGAUCUCCUCGCGGUUUUCGCAUCAAAGUCUGACGAGAAUCGAAUGAACUCGCAAAAUCUAGCUGCGAUCUUCCAACCGGGGAUGUUGUCACAUCCUGCUCAUGAUAUGGCGCCUAGCGAGUAUCGUCUGAGCCAAGACGUUUUGAUCUUUUUGAUCGAAAACCAAGAUCACUUCCUCAUCGGCAUGCGUGGAACAGCUGCCGAUGAGCAGACGGUCCACGAAGUCCAGUCAGGUAUCACUCCUCCUGGCACUCCGAAGACACCAGGAAAGAGCCCCAUGAUAGGCAGAUCCGCAUCAAAUGCAAGUGCGGGCGCAGACAGCGUGAGAAAACUUGGAGGCUUGCCACGACGAAACGUCUCCGUGUCGUCGAGAGCUUCAAGACAAUCCAAUGGUGCUCCAAGCCCAGCCAGCCCAGCAUUGUCACAUACCGCAACCGGCGGGUUAAAUCGCAGUAAUACAGUCCCUUCCAAGAGGUCACCCGGUUUGCCCGGCAACCGUAUGCAAAGAACUUCCAACUCACCGUCACCGGUCACACCUAUAUUUACCCCGGCGCAAACUCAACCUCGCAACUUGUCACCCAACGCGAGGGUGCAAACAGAUCGCAAUGUAUCUCCAUCAUCAGCUAGAUUUGGUCCUACGACUCCCGUUGGGCGAUCAAGUCUUGCCCCCUCUUCUAAUGCCGAUUUCGUCGUCGCAAGCCAAGAGAGACUGCUUUCUGAUCAAAGUGAGAAGGCAGAGGUAUCUACACCGCAAAAGGACAGGAGUGUGUCGAGCUUCUUCAAUAGAUCACCCACGGUCGAUGCCGAAAAGAAGCAACCGAACAAGUUGAGAAAGAAGCAGCGACAGCCAAGCUCAAACCCAAGCGCGCAGUCAUCAACAAACUCCCUACACGCACCACAGCCCAGCAUGUCCACUACUUCGUCACCCGCUGUUCAACCGUCAGCGGGCCCACAAGAAGUUGUCGAGAGACCCGUCCUGGAAACAAUACCUUCAGGUGUUCCUUCGCAUUACGAUCCUCAGGAUGCUACCCCACCAGCAACCCAAACUCCUCGCGCAGAACAAACUCCCGAACGAGUUCUGCAGCAAAGUACACAGUACGCUCAUCCCCCGCAACCAGAGGUAGAUCAUGCAACUGCUUUAGAUAUGAGGCCCAAGGGACGCUCUCCACCAGUCUCAGUACAUUCGCAUUCAUCCUUCAAUGACCAGUCCGAUGCGGAUCAUCGCGAGGAAAUAGCUGCUGCGACCGAGCAAAGAGAGAAACGGUCAAGGUGGCGACUCUCAAGGCAUCGUGAUUCUUCUAACCAUGGAAAUACUCUUGCACCUGGACGCGGUCUCGGGUCGGAUGCAGGAGCAGGUGCCAGUACGAGCUCAGUAGGUAGUGCUUCACGUCCACGCAAAAGCUUUACUGGUGACACUGUACCUGUCGGCACGGAGUCUACUCUUGUUGCUACACAUCCAUAUUCAAGUAACGAAAGUCAUCCGAGUUCUGGUGCUGGUUAUGAGGAAAAGAAAGGGCCUCUAGGAUGGAUCAAAAACAAGAUGCGCGAGAAACGUGAGGAGAGCAAGGAGAAAGAAGCUGAAAAAGAACGCAACAAGAGCCCUCCUGCACCAACUGAGCGACAGAGCAUGGCUGGCGCAGCGAGAGGAAAAAGCAUGGAUGUCAAAAGGGACGACCUCCCUCAAAGAAUUGCAGAAGAGUCCGGCCAGGAGCAGCAAGAACCUCAUGCCCAAUACUAUCCACCACCUCAGCCUCAACCGCACCCACAGUCACACCCGCAACCCGCACACCCAGAAUCCUAG